AUGUCUGCACGCUAUGCUCCCCUCCCUAAUCCCCACACUGACCACGACGCCGAGAACGAGAUGGAGGCCGCGUUCAACGACUCCGACGACGAGGACGCUGCAGUCGACCCGCACCACCACCCCAUAAACACCCGCAACGGUUACCACCCCCUCGCACACGACGACCCCGAGCCGUCGUCUGCGCACGAACAAUCCGCUCCAGGCACAUACGACUUCGAGGCCGUUGACUACGACUACGCACGCCCGCCCCCUGGCUCCCCUCCUGGUCCAUCAGAUCGUGCACUGCCGAACGAGUACGGCAAUUCCAACGGGCUCGUCCCCUCUCUCAUCUCUGCAGGCACGGACGAUGCGGAGAGAAGGGGUGGCUGGCUCAGGAGGUCCGCGGCUGCGAUUUUGCCGAGCUAUUAUGUCGACAGGUUCGGGCUCGUACCGCAUGCGCCCCCUGGUGCGAUCGGAGGGGGCACCUCCAACGACGGUGUCUUUGCGAACGUGACUGCGAAACCCUCUCGGCCUCUUAGGAUACGGGAUGGCGACGAAACCUACCUCGUGCCCGAAGACGCACAGAAGGAUGCGCCGCCAUCGUACGCCUCCGCCCAGGCCGACGCCGUUCCGCCAUACUGGGAGACCACCAUACACGCACCCUCAUCUUCGAACAGCCCCGGUGAGGUCAUCAUCGACUCGCUGCCGACCGGGAGCCUCUUUUCCUUCCUCUGGAACAUGCUUGUCUCGAUAUCCUUCCAGUUCGUGGGCUUCCUCCUCACGUACCUCCUCCACACCACGCAUGCCGCAAAGCUCGGCUCUCGUGCGGGCCUUGGCAUCACCCUUAUACAGUAUGGUUUUGCGAUGCGCGGGCGGGACGACCCGGGUGAGAGCGGCCAGGGUUCGUGGACCGGAUGGAAGCCUGCGCAGGGCGAGCCGCCGUAUGGGGGAAAUGUAUUUGGCAACACAACAUUGUCCGGCACGCCGACCGUCCCAGCAGACAAUACCCCCCUCAUCAUCGGCGACGCGACGUCCGAAUGGCUGUCGUUCCUGCUGAUGACGAUCGGCUGGUUCAUCCUCCUCACAUCCUUGCUCGGAUUCUACCGCGUCAAGAGGUGGGAGCACGGCAUCCUCACCUCCACCCGCGACGCCCCGCCAAUACCCAGCGACACGCGCUCGCGCACAUCGACCAUGCUGCACUCCCUCGAGCGCGUCUUCGGCAUGCAGGGUCUGGCGGAUGGCUCUCUCCUCCGCACAGGCCUCGGCCUGCCAAGCCCGCUCCCGCGCAGCGAGGACCCUGCCGCGCUCGCCGAGGUGGUCCUCGACGAGCCCUCGUCGCCGCGCGGUGAGUACAUCCUCCCGCUCGACCCAGAGGACCCGCAGCGCAACGAGCAGAUCGCGCAGGCGUUCGCCGUGCAGGCGCGGCUGCAUCAAGACCUGCGCUCCGCGGGCCUCAUAUGA